AGGACACAGGAGGUCGAAAUGAACGCACACGUCGCGAUAUCUCGCGCGACGACGGUCGCGACCUCGAGCGCGCGCGUCUCGAGCGCGAGCGCGAGGCGACGUAACCCUGGGAAAAUCACCUCCGCCGCUUCCGUCGCGUCAAGAUGCGAGAAACGCGUCGCCUUCGCGGGCGGCGCGCGUCGCCGCGGGGAUCUGACCCUGACGCGCGUCUCCCCGGAGGAACAGCAAGAGGCGUACAACAGGGCGAUGGCGGAGUACAGCAAGACGCCGUUCGAGUACCGCCACGACCUCGGCUUGUAUUACCACUUCAUCCUCCCGAACCUCGUCGUCGGGACGCAGCCGACGACCCCGGAGGACAUCAACCGCCUCCGCGACGUCGAGGGCGUGACGUGCAUGUUCGACACGCAGCAGGACAAGGACAAAGAGCACUGGGGGGUGGACGCGCACGCGAUACGCGAGCAGAUGCGCGCGAGAGACGUGCUCCACGUUCGCGAGCCGUUCUUAGACUUCGACGCGGACUCCCUCCGCGUCGGUCUCCCGAAAGCCGUCGCCUCGAUGGAUAAGGCGUUGCGCGAGGGCCACGUCGUGUAUUGCCACUGCACCGCGGGGAUGGGCCGCUCUCCGGGCGUCGCGAUCGCGUAUCUGUACUGGUGCCUGAACUUUGAGAGCCUCGACCAGGCGUACGAUUUCCUCACGUCGAAGCGUCCGUGCGGACCGAAGAAGGAGAGCAUACGACUCGCGACGUGCGACAUGAUGUGGGGCCACGGCGACGCGUUACCGGAGAACAUGGUCACGAGCGACGACCCGCAAGGGACGCGAAUCAACGAGGAGGAGCGAUGGAACAUCGUGCGACGGUUGCGGAGGAGCGUCGGGGACGACGCCGACGCCUUGGACGCCGCCCAGCACGCCGCCGACGCGGAAGAGUGCGAGCUGAACUUGGGGGGGACGGUCAAGAGAGCGCUCGGGUUCGAGACGACGAUGGAGGACUGCAAGGAAGCUUGAGCCGCUUUGAGCCGAGUUGAGCCGAGUUGAGGGACGUGGUCGGCGGGCGGGCGUCGGCGGCGAGGACGGAAGGGAGGAGGGGCGUUUUUGUACGAGUAACGGGACGGGACGGGGAUGAUUUUUUUGGUUUCGAGAGGACCGCGCGAAGACGCGGGCCGGGUGAAUAGAUGUGGGCGACGCCGAUGUGAGAAAAGGCAAAGGAACGAGUGUUGACCCUAAGAGAUACAUAUUCCCUUC